AUGAUAGAUGAAUUUGUUGCGGAUAUGGUGACUCUACUUCCCGCCACAGUGAACAGGCUCUCCAUACGAGAAGCAUGGAAGGAGUCCCAUCCUCCUGGAACGUCUGAUGAUCUGGAUGAAUAUUUGGUCGACACAGUAGCACAGAUGUAUCACUACACGUAUUAUCAUGCAUUUGACGGGUUUCGUGAGGGAUAUGCCAUUAAACAUGAUGGCAAGCCGCUAUAUGUUCUUCCAUUCGUGGAGCAAAGAUGGGAGAAAGGUGCCGCCAUUUCGAAGGCUGAACAUGAAGAUGGAACCAAGAAAAUGGAAAUAUACAGAGAUUGGCUACUAGAAACCAUGCUAAUUGGACAAGCCGAUGGAAUUGAGCCUCUUGUAGUUCUCCCGGUCGCGAAUGCCGCUCCAAACUACCGCGAUGAGCAUACUGAAUCCCCUCUUUGGAAAUCUGCAUUGGACCAGAUUUUUCUACCUCCUAUUCUUCAAAAUGUUGGGGCUCCCGAUAUUAUGAUUCCUAUUGGGGAUGUACUAGUACCGUACAUCUCGAAAGUUACUAAGAGGACUGAGUAUCUACCAGUUGUGAUUGAUAUUAUGGGAACACCAAAGAGAGAUCUGCAGCUUCUGCAGGCCGUUGAAAAAGUGUUGGAUUCUUCCGGGCGACGUUCUACUGCCGCAGUGUCUCAACGGGAUCAAGAAUUUUUCCAUAGUGCAGAAGUUGUAAGGUCGGAAGUCUCUACAGCUAUUGGGAAGUCUGAGUAA